CAUAUAACCUUUGACCUUUCUAGCCUAAACACGAGCCGCCAUAUUUCAGACAAAACAGUAAGGAGCACUAGCUUCUCGAAAAGCAAGACUGCUAGUUAGUGUACACGCUGUUCAUAACUAAGCGAAUCUCUUCAUGAUCUGUGUAUUACUCUGAUGUUUGCUGGGGGUCAGACCCUGCACAGCUAUUCAGCCUUACCUAGCCAGUGUCAGAGAGAGGAGGACAAGCUUCCAAACACAGACAGUAGUACAGAUACCCAAGCUGCUUCCAAGAAGCGAAGGAGGAAAACAAAUCUUUGGCUUCACAGACCUAAGCAGCGAAAUCCAAGACCGACAUCUCCAUACGAGGGGCAAGGAAGGGACGUUAUGUCUGUGAAUGGUUUCAGCACAGAGGACGACAGUCGUCAAGGACACGACCAGGUUUGUUGUCUAAUUGAUAACGGUGAUCGAUGUAACAACAAUGCUGGAAAUGCUAGCUACAGCAAAAGAAUCCAAAAAACAGUUCAACAGAGGAAACUCAAGCUAGCACGAGAUGAUAGGGUCUCACAUAUUUAUAUCUGUGACUAUCAUAAAAACGUUAUUCAGAGUGUUAGGACGAAGAGGAAGAGGAAGGACAGUGAAGACGAGAACGGAUCACUAGACGGCACGGAAGACUUACCCGAGAUUGACUUUUUCCAAAUGCCUGUGAAUACAUUGAGGCGUUACAAAAGACACUUCAAGUUACUGACCAGACCUGGGAUGAACAAAGCCCAAUUAGCUGAUCAUGUAGCAAGACAUUUCAAGUCAAUUCCAGUGAUUGAAAAAGAGGCCUUGACCUACUUUAUUUACAUGGCUAAGAACUACAAGAGUCGAUUUGAUCAGAAACAUUUGGAGCAUGCUAAUUCAUAAAGAUUCCUCGACCACAGUGAGAAGAAUGUUAGUCUGGUGGACGUGCUGGGUGAUCGCCGAAGUGACGUGUGACAGAAAGAGUGAGCUAGAGACGUGUGAAUGUUGAGACUUUCAGAUGUGAAUGCAGAGAUUUGGGGAGGUGUGAGUGUUGAGAGGUUUACACAGAUACAUGUGUAUGUGUUGAAUACCAGCUUGUGUGUUGAUUUGCUGUUAUUGUGGGGAUGUUAAACAGCAUGACUGACCACUUUCAUGAGGUGCUUUUGUGGUGCUGUAUUGCAAGAGAGAACUAUGAAUGUUGAAAUGUAGAAAUAAACUAAAAGAAAAUAA